GCCAAUUCUAUAUCAGAACCAUGACAAUCUGAUGAAUUGGACCUCGUGAUAUCUGUUAACCCCGUUAUGUCCGACGCUCCCUAAUAAACUCCUAGAUGGAAAUUCAGUUGUUUGAAUAUCAUCAGACAAUUACCCGUUGAUUUGCGAGUCUUGGAUAGACAGUCUUCUGGCGGAGUUAACGGGCGUAUGCCCUCAAGACCUCGUACAUGAUAUCACUGCGCCUGUGCCUGACCAUAUAGUAUCAGCCAUAUAUCAGUAGUUUGUUAUUUUAACCUACACAACCGCCUAUCCAAGGAGAACAUAGUAUCACCUCGCUAUGUCUUCCGAACCACUUCUCGCUCGCUACCGACAGCUCGCCCCCUCGGCGUCUGUCAGAGUCUCCUCUCUAUGCCUAGGUGCCAUGACCUUCGGCACAGCGGCAAAAGAGCGAUACGGAGAAUGCAGCAAGGAUGCCGCCUUUGAGAUCCUCGACUAUUUCGUCAGUCAGGGCGGCAACUUCAUCGACACCGCUAACACAUACCGAGAAGAGCAAUCCGAAAUUUGGCUGGGCGAAUGGCUUGCCUCCAGGCAAAACAGGGACCAGAUGGUAAUUGCAACCAAAUACACCACCGGCUGGCAAGGUCAUCACAAGGACAAAAUCCAAGCCAACUAUGGUGGGAACGGGACCAAGUCAAUGCGUAUCUCGCUCGAAGCGUCCCUACGCAAACUCCAGACAACCUAUAUCGACUUGUUCUACGUGCACUGGUGGGACUACACUGUUUCGAUCCCGGAGUUGAUGCACAGCCUGAAUGACCUUGUUGUCUCUGGGAAGGUCUUGUACCUGGGUAUCUCUGAUACACCCGCUUGGGUGGUCGCGAAAGCCAACCAGUACGCUCGUGAUCACGGCCUGCGACAGUUCACCGUGUAUCAGGGGAUGUGGAAUGCAGCGAUGCGUGAUUUUGAGCGAGAUAUCAUACCUAUGUGCCGCGAUGAAGGUAUGGGCUUGUGUCCCUUUGGGGUGCUGAACCAAGGUCGCUUUCAAACUGAAGAGGGGUUCAAAGAACGCGAGAAGAGGACCGACUGUCGGAAUUUCGUCCCUUUGUCUGAGCACGAUAAGAAGGUUUCCCGUGUACUUGAAAACGUUGCUAAUGCGAAAGGAGUAGAGCUUCUGCAAGUCGCUCUGGCUUAUAUUUUACAGAAAACACCCUAUGUGUUUCCCAUCGUCGGCGCUAGGAAAGUUGAGCAAAUCAAGGGAGUGAUGCCGGCUGUUGGGAUUACGCUGACGACCGAGGAUAUUGAGAAGAUCGAGUCGGCGUAUACGUUUGACCCUGGGUUCCCGCAUACUUUCCUCAGCGGGACGCUGAUUGGGGUCGUUGGGGAUGGCGUCCCUCGAGGCGCUUAUGGCCCAGGUGAUAUGUGGUUGACCAAAUCAUUGGGAACUUUUGACUGGGUAGGGUAUCCGGAGGCAAUUUCACCAGCUGAGAGACAAUAACAGCCGAAUGCUCAAUUAUCUUUAUUACAUCAAGAUAGUCUCGAUAUAUCUCAAAAGAUUCAUAUUUACCCAAGUCACCUGAUUCGUAUACUCUUGAUCCGACUGCUUGAUCAGAUAUAUCUAGAUGUGCGUGCAAAUGUUGUCAAUGAAUCAUGGUCAAGAGCAAGUGAAAGCGAAAUUAUCUGACC